AUGUUCAACCACGCCAUCGUCCUUGUCUUCGCUACACUGUUCGCCCUUCCCCUCCUUGCGGCCGCCAGCGUCCUCCAGAUCCGCGCGGGUGACUGCAACACUGGAGACAUUCAGUGCUGCAACUCUACCAUGCAGUCGAGCACCACCAGCCUCGGCUUGCUCAGCGGUUUGCUCGGCCUCGUCUUGCCUGCUAUCAGCGGCCUGGUUGGGUUGAACUGCUCCCCUUUGAGCAUCAUUGGUCUUGGCGGAAACUCCUGCUCUGCUCAGCCCGUCUGCUGCUCUAACAACCAAUUCAACGGCCUCAUCUCUCUCGGCUGCAUCCCGAUCAACCUCAAUCUCUGA